UAAUAGUCUCUUUAAUGGCGAAAAUCAUGGUGCCCUUAUAUGUCUGGGACGCACGAACGUGAAACUUCAUCAUGAUGGGGUUAUGUAUUUGAUUGGGAUCUUCUGGUGUACUUUCUCAUACGGGCUUGACAUUAGAGAGUGUGAGACAAAGCUAUCAUAUCCAAGGAAGGAAUACCGGUAUUAUCAUGUGACGAUGAAAUUGAUGAAAAAACAAGAAGUAAUGAACGAGGCUUAUAUUACGAUUACUGGACUGGGAGCAUACCAUCCAACCCAAUACUCGACGUCAGAUGAAUUUUUAAGAGGUAGGGUUGAGCUUACACGUUAA